AUGAAAAGAUGUCGAAAUUUAUGUUUUUUUCUUUUUAUUCCAUUUUACUUUACUCAUCUCUUUUCUGCAUGUUUAAUUUUUUUUCUUCGUUUUCUUUUUUCCUUUUUUAUUCUUUCCUUUUCUUUUAUCACCUUUCCUUCUUUUUCUUUUAAAUUUUUCUUUUUCUUGUUUUCAUUUUGUAUCCCUUUUCUUCAUUUUCUUGUCAUUGUCCUCCAUGACUUCUUACUUUUUCUUCUUUUCUAUUUUUUCUUCUUCGUUUUCUUCUUUUUUCUUCUUCGUUUUCUUUCAAUUUUCAACAAACUUUCUCGUUUCAGAUAUUUAAUUCUAUUUUUCUUUUUCGUUUUAUUUCUUCUCUUUUGGUUUCGUUCUCUAGCCAUUCUUUCUCUCUUCCUCUCUUUAUCUUUCUUCCUUUCUAUUCCCUUUUACUCUCUGUAUCCUUGUUCUUUUCUAUUUUCUCUCGUUCUCUAUAUCUUUAAUCUUUCUAUACUCUUCCCCCUCCUCUCUCUCUUCCUUCGCUUUAUUUCUCUCUUCUUUCUGUUGACGCUUUUAUUCCUCAAACUCAUUCUUUAUUCAAUUUCUUUUUUCAUUCGACAUUUUUAUUUUUGUUCUUUCCUUUUCGUCUUUUACCCAGUUCUUCAUCCUGGUCUCUCUCUCUCUCUCUCUCUCUCUCUCUCUCUCUCUCUCUCUCUCUCUCUCUCUCUCUCUCUCUCUCUCUAUCUAUCUAUCUCACUCACUCACUCACUCACACACACACACACACACACAUUUUUCUCUCCUCAUUUUUCUCCAUUACAAUUCAAUACUCAUUCACUCUUUCAACCACCAAUUCCGCAAAAAAAAUAUCUUUUCUUUUUCUCUUUUCCUUUCACAACCUUCGUUUUCGCUGCCCACCUUUUCUUUCAGGUCCUUGGAAUUUUCAUUAAAAGACACCCUUUUUCCAUUUAUCUCUCCCGUAUUUUAUUCACCUUCUCUGAAAAUUCUUUAUUCUCUCUGACAUAUUCUCUUUCUUUGACUUUUUUCUUUUCUUCUUCCUUUUUAUCUGUUUCUUUCUUUCGUUUUAUUUUCUUUCUCGAUUUUUUCAUUUACAUUUUCUUUCGAUUCUUCGCUGUAUUCACCUUCUCACGCCCGUUCGCUCUCUAUUUCCAUCUCAUAGUUUUUUUUUUAUCUUUCUCUUUCCCUUUUUCGAUCAUUUUUCUCUCUCUCUCUCUCUCUUUCUCCUCUUUCUCUUUCCUUCUAUUCCCUCCUCUCUCUCUAUCUCUCUCUCUCCCUUUCUCUCUCCUCCUCCUAUUGCUUAAGUUGACAUAUCGCUUCAUUCAUUUCUUUUUUAAUCUUUCUUUUUCUCUAUGUGUGCGUGCGUGUGUGCAAUAUUUCUUUUCUAUUUCGUUAUUUUUACUUUCUUCAUUCACUCCUUCCUCCUCCUUUUCUCUUCUUUCAAAUGACAUUUCCUCUUUCUCAAUCUCCUCGUUGUGUUCAAAGUUCUUGCCAUCACAAUGUUUUAAUCAAACGCUUUGCCUUUUCUCUCUCUCUCUCUCUCUCUCUCUCUCUAUCUAUCUAUCUCUCUUUCCCACACCCUCUCUCUCUCUCACUUUCCCUCUUUCUCUCUUAUAUCUCUUUUACUGA